AUGAGUAUACAUGUCCUAUUUGCUGAGGAUGAUAACUUUUAAAGAUUAGCUGUUACACAUAUUUUACAACUAUGUAAUUACUAGGUUACUGCUGUAGAAAACGGCAGAAUAGCUAGAGAUAUACUUCUAAAAUAAGAUUAAAAAAUUGAUAUAGUCUUAUUAGAUAUAAGAAUGCCCGAAAUGGAUGCGCUAGAAUUAUUAAGCUUUAUGUAAGAACACAGCGAAAAUUUAUAAAAAAUACCAGUUGUGAUAAUAUCUUUAAACGAUUUAGAAAUUCAGACAUUUUUAGAAAGAGGAGCAAAAGAUUUCAUUAUUAAGCCAAUGAAAAUAUAAAAUGCAAAAGCUAUUGCAAAAUAUGUACAGAUAGAAGAUCAAGGAGAUAAAAAUUCUGAUAUAUCCAGAAUUUGA